AUGACGGCCCUGCUCUUCCUCACCGGCCCCAGCGUCUCCGCGGUGCUGCCGCCCUACGUCGUCCUCGCGCUCUACUCCGCCACCGCCCACGCGGCGGCGCGCCACGCGGGCCACCCCCUGUGGGUGUCCCACGGCGCGCGGCUGCACAGGUACUUGACCGCCAACCGCCAGCGCGCGCUGAGCCUCGUAGCGCAGCUGGAGGUGACGCUCGGGUUCUACAUGGUCGCCAUGCUGCUAACCUCCAACAGGAGCUUUGUGCUGACGUACUUUGUGUGGCAGCAGCUGCGCUCGCGCUACUGGAACCCGGAGUCUGGCCCCUACCACCGCGCGGUGUGGCAGGCAAUUGGCCAGCUGUCCGCUCCCCUGCGCAACGCCCUGCCGGCCUUGGAGAAGCCCAUAGCCUUUGUGCAGCGCUGGUUCCAGUCGGGCAACCCAAUGGUGCAGGGGGUGCACUAG